AUGACUAGUACCGAUAUCAUCGAGCAAUUUAAAAGCGCCAACCAAGAUCACUUAUUCGAAUACUUCAAUGAUUUAUCAAAGGAAGAACAACAACAGUAUUUAAAUCAAUUAUCAAAAAUUGAAGAUGCAUCAACUUUAAUUGAAACCGUUCAAAAUGCAAUUACUUUUUCUAAACAAAAUACUAAAUCGAGGAAAUUAACUCAAUUACCGGUUGAGUCAACGGCUUCUACUCUUGAUACCAAACAAGAAACCUUGGAUAAAUGGUAUGAAAUUGGAUUACAAGCGAUUGCCAAUAAUGAAGUUGCAGUUUUAUUAAUGGCCGGUGGUCAAGGUACUAGAUUAGGAUCAUCUGAUCCAAAAGGAUGUUAUAAUAUUGGAUUACCAUCAAAUAAAUCACUUUUCCAAAUUCAAGCUGAAAAAAUCUUGAAAAUUGAAAAAUUAGCCGCUGAAACUUAUGGUAAAGAUAACGUUGUAAUUCCAUGGUAUAUUAUGACCAGUGGUCCAACUAGACAAUCCACCGAAUCAUUUUUCAUUAAAAAUGAUUAUUUUGGAUUGAAAUCAGACCAAGUUACUUUUUUCAACCAAGGUACUUUGCCAUGUUUCAACUUGGAUGGAUCCAAGAUCUUGUUAGAAUCUCCAAGUAAAUACAGUGAUGCCCCCGAUGGUAAUGGAGGGUUAUAUAAAGGAUUAGCCACCAAUGGAAUCUUGGACGAUUUGACCAACAAGGGUAUUAAGCAUCUUCAUAUGUACUGUGUUGAUAAUUCAUUAGUUAAAGUUGCCGAUCCAACUUUUUUCGGAUUUGUUAUUGACUCCAAAUUUGAAUUAGCAACUAAAGUAGUUAGAAAAAGAGACGCCAAUGAAAGUGUUGGAUUGAUUGUUUUAGAUGAAGAAAAUAAUAAACCAUGUGUUAUAGAAUAUAGUGAAAUAUCCCCAGAAUUAGCAAAUAAAACUGAAAGUGAUGAUGAAUCCAAAUUAUUUUUAAGAGCAGCAAAUAUAGUUAAUCAUUAUUAUUCGGUUGAAUUAUUGCAAAGAGAAAUUCCAAAAUGGAUCUCAUCACAAGAAUACUUACCAUUUCAUAUCGCUACUAAAAAAAUUCCUUAUUGGGAUUCAAAAGAAGGUAAAGUCAUAAAGCCAAAAGAACCAAAUGGAAUAAAAUUAGAACAAUUCAUCUUUGAUGUAUUCCCAUCAAUUGAGUUAAGUAAGUUUGGUUGUCUUGAGGUUAACAGAAGUGAAGAAUUUAGUCCAUUGAAAAAUGCCGAUGGCGCUCCUAAUGAUACUCCAACCACUUGUAGAAAUCACUAUUUAGAAAUGGGGACUAAUUGGGUUAAACAAAACGGCGCAUCAGUCGAUGGUUUGGUUGAAGUCAGUGGAUUAACUUCGUAUAAGGGAGAAGGCUUACAAUUUGUCAAGGGUAAAGAAUACAAAAAUGGUCAACAAAUUUAA